AUGAUUUGCUCUUCUCGCGUCUUUUUUAUCGAUAUCCACUUGAUAUUUUUAGUUUUUGGACUGUGGCAGGGGGCUUCGUUGCGGAAGUCACAAGCCAGUCAAGAAGAGCAAAAGAUGUUUGAGAACACACACCCACAGCCGGAUCCUCUUGGGGGUACAUCUGUCGCUCAUCGUAUCGACCAGACAUAUCGACUUAACCCCGGGCCCUUGGCAAAAUCGCACCCCAGUUGCCGGAUACAUGCGCCAGUUGACGCAGUCACAGAAGCGAUUGGGAGUCGCAGUCAACAGCUCGCCACCCCUUAUCAUCAACAUCUGUAUGGACCGGAAUGUCAUCAUGCUACUAGGGAAAGCAUUCCAAGCUAG